AUGGGUGGCUUCAAUCUUGAAGUGUUCGAUGCGAAGGAGCCAACUCGUUCCAUCAUUACUCUGGAUAACCUGACCGGUGAUGAGACAAUCUUAGCUAUAAAGAAGAGAAUCGCUCAGAAAAAGCUUGCACUGACCGUCGAGCGACAGUCGUUGCGUGUUGAGCCGAAAGGUAAAGCGGUCGCAGACGAGAAAAGAAUCAGCGAACUCGGUUUGGCUGCUCAAAAUGCGCAACUUUUUGUUAGAGAUCUCGGGCCACAGGUCCCCUGGAAGACGGUGAUUUUCAGAACUUUUUUCUCUCUUUCUACCUUUUUUUCUAUUCACUUCCCAACAGUGGAUUUUUUG